AGUGCUAGAGGAGAAAAAAAUAACCGUUGAUGCAGACAGCGGCGAGCGGUGUCCGCAUUGACUGUGACAACGGUUGUGAGGUCGUUAAGGGGAACAGGACAGGAUUGAGAACAAGCUAAACAAUACAUUGAACAAAAAAUAAUAUUUAUAUAUAUAUAUAUAUAUAUAUAUAUAUUAUUCGUAAUUUGUGGACUGUCCGGCCAUAUAACGGGACUCGGACGAGCCAGUGCUAGCUAAAAUAGAGAGUUAGCGACAGUUGCGCAACGAAGGAAACGGUUUUAAAGAAAACAACAACAACAACAACGUGUCAUACAGGUUAAUUGCUGAGGGCCUCUUCAGUCAACGUGACAUUUUAGUCCUUCAAGCCGGGCGGCGAUGGACUUCGUUGCUGGAUGCGUCGGAGGUGCUGCGGGAGUGUUGGUUGGACACCCAUUCGACACGGUUAAGGUGAGGCUGCAGGUCCAGAGCAUUGACAAGCCGCUGUAUCGCGGGACCUUUCAUUGUUUCCAGUCCAUCAUACGACAGGAGUCGCUAACUGGUUUGUACAAAGGCAUUGGAUCCCCCAUGAUGGGCCUUACGUUCAUCAACGCUAUAGUGUUCGGCGUUCAGGGAAACACCAUGCGGCAGCUGGCACAUGACACCCCCAUGAACCAGUUCCUCGCCGGUGCAGCAGCGGGUGCCAUCCAGUGUGUCAUCUGCUGCCCCAUGGAGUUGGCCAAAACCCGCAUGCAGAUGCAAGGCACCGGAGAGAAGAAGCCCUCGAGGAAGCUGUACAAGAACUCCCUGGACUGCUUGGUACGCAUCUACAAUCGGGAGGGUCUGCGCGGCGUGAACCGAGGCAUGGUCACCACGCUCAUCCGCGAGACGCCCGGCUUCGGCGUGUACUUCCUGGCCUACGACGUGCUGACGCGCAGCAUCGGCUUCGAGCCGAACGACCGCUUCAUGAUCCCCAAACUGCUGUUCGCCGGCGGCAUGGCCGGCAUCGCCUCCUGGCUUUCCACCUACCCCGUGGACGUGAUCAAAUCGCGGCUGCAGGCCGACGGCGUGGGCGGAGUCAACCAGUACAGCGGCAUCGCCGACUGCGUGCGGCAGAGUGUGCGGCGGGAGGGCUACAUGGUGUUCACGCGAGGCCUCACGUCCACGCUGCUGCGAGCCUUCCCCGUGAAUGCGGCCACCUUUGCCACCGUCACCCUCAUCCUCAUGUACGCUCGGGGGGAGGGGGAGGGGCCUAAAGACUGCGAGGAGGUUCAGCCGAGCCACCUGGCGCCGAUACAGCAGCAGACCCAACCCUCCAGCCUGUGACCGCACAGAGGUCUCACCCUCAGCCUGCGCACUUUACAAGCAUGGACAGACAACACAUACACACAAGUCUCACAUCGGACCAGGCAUUCCCUAUUAUCUGUGUUUAACUGCACUUGUGUGUAUACUGUUGAUUUAGGUUAUUUUUAAUGUAGAUUGUAAACAUCCUGCCUUUAUAUGAAAUAAAUAAUAUCUGUAUAGUAUAGCAUGAAUACUUGUGAAAGUAGGCUGCAGCACCUGUUUGUACCUGAACUGUUUCCUCUGAGGAUCCAAGAGAGAAGGUGGAAUGUAGCAUUUGAUAUGUUCGCGUAACUUAUUUUGUGCGUCUGCUUUCAAACCAAAAAAACGUAUCGCAGCUACAAUCUAACCAUCGUGUCGGUCACCAUCGUCAACCCCUUCAACGCACUCUGAAUAAACAAAAUGUAUUUAUAAUUUAUUGAGCAGAAAGACAUUUAAUGUCCCUCCGUGGCACAUUUUUUAAAGGUACUGUUUCCUGAAACUUGACACACGUGUGCGUGCCCAUGGUUGGUGGAUUGGGUUUAAUGCCUGAACGUUGAAUUAGACAGAAGGAAGUCCCGGAUGCACUGAACCUUCAGUUCCUUGAAUGUAACACGACUGUGUUCUCCCCCACUCUGAGUGGGGGACUUCGGUUGUUUUAAAUCUGAAUGUCGCUCGUUUUUUAAUGCUGAGAAUCAUGUAACUCGAUGAGAAGGGAAAGCGGGCAAAGUGCAGCGGGGUAUUCGGUACGUCUGUGGAAGUCGCUCGAGUCUCCGACCCUACGGUGAACUUUUUUUGUGAUGUGAAAGAUGCAAUAUGUACAGGAUGUAACCGUGUUAAUGUGAGAUUGUGGUGUAAAUAUAUACAUAUAAAACAUAUAUUUUUCAGUCCAGAAUAGUUUUGUUUUGGUUCCCUGAAUGUGAUAUUUUUGUAACUUAGUCGCUAUCUAUUUGUCACUGAGGAUCUGUACAGAAGGGUCAAUAAAACUGUUUGUGUGUUCCCACG